GGAUCCCAAAAAUAUUGGCAGCCGACCUCAUGUUAGAGGCAGUCGUGCUAGCAACCCACGAGCUUCGCGGGCUUCGCGGGCCUCCAGGAGCAGCCGUGCAACCAGAGGCAGUCUGGCCAGUCAUGCUUCUAGUCCAGUCAGAGCCAGCGCGGCCUCUGCUGGGACUCGUGAAACACCGAGUUCAAGUGCAACGGGCAAAAGCGCUAGAACUGGGCGCACAGCCAUGACUGGGAGGGGGAGCGUUGUCUCUGCUUUCUCGCGUGUGACGGCUUUGUCUGAAGCUGGGCAAGACUUUAGCCACCACUAUUUGACCAGCAAUCUUUUACAGCCUGAAAUCGUGGGAGCCAGCGGAAAGAAAAGGAAAGUGCGGCUGCCGGUAGAGGACGAGGACACAGAGGAUGGUCCGGAGGAAAACCCGACGCCAGCGAAGUCUGGCGGCAUUCCCAGCGAUAUACGGUUGCCCGCCUCUUUGAUCGUGCUGUGCUCCUUGUGCAACAACAGUAGUUAUUCCAUUGAAUUUUCUACAUUUGCCAUCUACUUUAAGGAGGUCCACAACUGGAAUGAAGCAACUCUGGCCGGUCUGGCCCAGACAGCAGGAGACCUCAUGGCUGCCAUUGCAAUGCAGGUGAUCCCAGUCUUUGUCUCCGACAACUAUGAUCCAGACGAGUUAGAUUGUUUUCGAAGAUAUUUGCACUAUGUCACGUCUAUGCCCUACAACCUCUCAUUGAUUGUGUUCACUUGGGUGCUCUUCAACGGUGGACUGGUCACUCCCAUCUUGCCGCUGGCCAUUACGGCACAAGUCCUCAUGGGAACGACUUAUGUGUACAGCUCCAAAUGGACAACGGACAUGAACCUCUUCUACUCCCUUGGAGACCCCAAGUUGUUUUUGAAUCUGCAAGUGUUAUGCCGAAAUGCUGACGCAGUGGGCGGUACCAUAGGAGGUGUCUUGGGGAACUUUCUCUACACUGUCGAUCCUGUGGGUCCUUUCAUUUUCACUUGCGGCUUGGCCUGUGUGGUCUUCGUGAUUGUCACUGUUGGGUUCUGUGCUCGUCUGGGCUUUGGAGAUGAUAUCGAGACUGCAGAGGAGAAACGCAGUCGUCGCUUGGGAAAACGGAGAGUGAGUAGCUGGGCAAGUGCGGGACGAAAGAGCACCACUCAAAACUUGUGAGCGGCUGUUGGACACGCUUUGUCUGAAAACUGCGUGUGUGUGUGUCAGAUUUUUUUUGCCACCCCAUCUAUGUUGCUA